UUCACUUUUUUAAAAUAAACCUCUGCCCCCCUCUCUCUCCCUGUCAAUGCCCAUAAACACAGUCAAGUACACAAUCCCGUGUCUGUUCUUUGUCCCUGUAGUCUCACGACAAUGGAGGAAAGAGUAUCCGAAGAAUCAGCACCGUCGAUGAAAGUCUCUUGGGAUUGGUGCUGAUGAUCAAGAUGACAGACACGUGUUCCCUACGGAGACUAAGUUGCAUGAGCUUACACAACAAGCUUUGAUAUUCAAGUACAUAUAUAGUAGCUGGUCUUCCUGUGCCUCUUGACCUUGCAGUUCCCAUUUGGCAUAGUGUUGCUAGUAGCUCUCUCUGUUCUUUUAGUGGUGGUGAUCUUUAUCGGCAAUUCCCAAGCUGUAAGUCUAUCUUUUUUCUGUUAUUGUCACGUCGCUAAUUUCUUGGCUGAGGCUUGCUUUAGUUUCUUGAUUUUUCCUGGGGUUUGAGCUUCAAAAUAGGCUUUUUUUAAUUAGAUUGAUCCGUGUUUGUUUAAGCUCAUACUGCUUACAGACCUGGGGUUUUCUUGGUUUUAUGGUGUUCUUCUAUUAAAUUUGUUGCUGCGGGUUUAUAUUUAUUGGAGUGAUUUACAUGCGGGGCUCACGCUUUUCCAACAAUGCUGUCUGUAACUUGAAGUAGUUGAGAUUUAUCUUUGUGAUAAAACAUAUUGGGAUUUGUUGUUACUCUUAUGUAACACACCCUUUUGGGGACUCCUGCUUGUUCGAAAAAUGAUCUGUGGCUGGCGUGAAACUUGAGUUUUAUGUUUGUUUAAGGUUAGUUUGUUAUAAAUUUAAAUGAAUUCGACCUCCCGUGUUAAUUUGCUUUCUUAUGUCUGUUGCGGGACUAAGUCCUCAGGGAUUUGAUUGUAGACAAAUGAUGGAUACAGAACCUGGGAGGUGUAGAAGAACUGUUGGGAAGAAAUGGGGUAUUUUUUUCCCUAGAUUAGCACAGUACGAAAAACUAUUUCCCGAACUAGUAUAGCUGAAAAAAAUAAUUCGUAAACUGACACAGUAGUUGAUACGCCCACCUAGUAUAUGUAUAACUAGGUCCCGACAAAAUUUUUGAAAGUAAAUUUAUUGAUGGAUUUAUGAUUUGUAUAUGUUAUGGUUUGUUUUAGAUUUUGUAAAAUUAUAUUUGUUUGUAAAUUGUUAAAAUUUAUGUUGAAUUACCGAUUUAGGUGUUUUGUGAUAAAAGAAAUAAUGGUUUAUUUAACGGGUUUUUUUUAUAUCUUGUUAAUUUUAUUAUCUAGUUGUAAUUUCCGGUAAAUGUGUAUAAAUUUACAUUUAUGUAGAUAAUUGAUAAUGAAUUAAAAUAAGUAUUAAAAUAGAUUGAAUAAGUUUGAGUUAAACUAAUAUUUUUGCAAAUUUAUUUACUUAACAUAGUUAAUUAAUACAUCUUGUCGUUAUAAUUUUAUAGAGGUUCAAUAGAAGUUAUGGAUGAUCGUUCAUGGAUGUAUCGACACUCACCCCAAGGAUUGCGGAGGAUGGAUUAUUGUAACGGGGUUCAGAGUUUUAUUAAUUUUGCAACAUCUAUUCCGAGAAAUUUUACUGAUGGUGGUAUUAGAUGUCCAUGUAGGAAGUGUAAAAAUUUAAAGUUUCUGCAUCAAGAUGUUGUAACAAUGCAUCUUCUAACUAAAGGGUUCAUGGAGGAUUACAUGUGUUGGUAUGCACACGGAGAACUAUUUGUUCCUCACGAGACCAUGGUAGAAAGGACAAGUGAGUCAACUUCUAGUGCUAGCAACAUGCAUGUAGUUGUAGAUGACAAUAAUAAUCCUUAUAAAAAUAUGACUAUGGAUACGAUGAGAAUGAAUCAAGGUCAUGCGAAGCAAAUGGCUACGACUCUUGAACAAGAGCCAAGUCCAAUGGAGCUUUUUGUGGAAACACAUGUGCGGAGUGAUGACCGUCAAAAAAGGGUGCAGCGGCUCGUCAACAACCGAGCUCAACACUUUGUGGGGACAUAUAACAACAGGUUGAAUGAUAGAUAUGAGGACGAUCUUUCGACCCAGCCAGAUUCGGAUCCAGAUUUGUGGUUAAAGGCAGGAUCGUCCGGUGGACCCCAUAGAAAUUGAGUAUACAAACUCUCUAAUACCACGACCAAGAACUUGCGGAUGACCCGUGGUGUUUCAACCGUUUGGUGCUCGCAAUUGGUCCCGAGCACUCAGUCUUCGAAGUUCACAGCCUUGUUAGAUCGAGGAGUGAAAGAAUGUCUGGUCCAUCUCAAUAAAAAACAUGAACAACUCUCUGCGAAUUUAAAGAACUUCGCCAAAUAGUUAUGGAUAUGAGAUCACAUAUGAGUGAUACAUGUGCACCCUCUUAUUGGCCUCAUAGUCUUAGGGAUGACCAACCUCCUCCUCCUCCUCCAGCGUCACCUCUAUUAUAGUUUCAUUGUAUUUGAAUGUUUUUUUUAUUAAGACAAUUAAUUUUUAAAUUUUAUAUUAACUAAUUUUUUUUAAUUA